AUGUCGGAGGAACGUACCUAUAUUAUGGUUAAGCCUGAUGGCGUUGAACGUGGUUUAGUUGGAGAGAUUAUCAAACGUUUUGAAAACAAGGGAUAUAAACUUGUUGCCCUUCAACUUCUUCCGGUUGAUAUGUUGUCUGGACCCGUGGUCGGUAUGGUAUGGGAAGGAAAAGACAUUGUUAAAACUGGUCGUCGUCUCUUGGGCGAAACAGAUCCUUUGAAAUCCGCACCUGGUACUAUUCGCGGUGAUUUUUGUAUUGACGUUGGUAAAAAUCUUUGUCAUGGAUCUGAUUCAGUUGAAAGCGCUCAAAGAGAAAUAAACCUUUGGUUCCCUAAUGGUGUUAUUUCAUGGGAACGUCACAAUGUUCAUAAAUUAAUCUACGAAUAA